AUGCCAAUGGGACGCAUCACUUUCUUCCACCUCUCCAUUUGGGGCUUCCUGAUUGCCUGCUCCUUUCUGCAAGGUACAUCCCAACUGGGCUCCACAAACCUGGACUGGGAGAAGCCAAGCAGAUAGCAAUCCUUAGGAGAAAAGGCAUGGCUCAUGCAGCAAAUCCUAGUAAUAUAGAUUUGAAACAUCAAUCAGAGGACGAAACAGGGGCAUUAUAUUUUUUGUGACCAAUGUAACAUACUGAUGUAAGCUUUAUUGUCCUAAGCUCAUAGGACUUAAAUUGAAAAAUUUGUUCUUAGUUCAUCAAAGGAGGAACCAAACUUAUCUUUAACCUAUUGUCCAUUUGUUUGGAGAGAUCCUUAACUGAAUUUCAGAGGGGUUGGGAAUAGAGAGAAAUUCUAUGCCCUCUUUAUUUUCAUUUCUGGACAAUAUGGGAAAAGCUCUUUUAUCUUCCCCCUCACCCAGCUUACCUCCCGUGGGUGUUGUAUCAACCUCUCUCCUGCAUCUUCUUCCCUAAGUGCCAUUUUGCUCAAAUCCUUGCUUCUCAAUCACAGCAGAUAUUAGAUCCCCAUUCCCACAGGUCCUCAGCAUCCUUGAGAUUGUGCCGGCCACACAGCCUUUCAGGUCUCACCCCUAGGUCCUGGGUGAGGCCCCUCUACACUUCCUGCAAAUAGUUCGGAUUCUGACCCAGCCACCUCCUCCACAACCUUGACAUUGUGUUCCCUCUCCUCCGACAGGCACGGAAGCAUAUAGCUGCCCCCAGAACUGGAUCAACUUUCAGAGGCAUUGCUAUUCAUAUAGGCAAACUGCACGGAAUUGGAAUGAUGCGGAGGUAAGGAGAGAUUCUUGGAAGCCCUGUGUAGCAAAUUCCUCCAGACACCAUGUUUCCCACCCACCCUUCCUCUCCUCCCUGGCAAGCAACUCACAGCAAAUGAAGCAUAGUCUUGGAAUACAAAGUUAUCCCUGCAUAUGUCACAUGGCAGGUUAGGAAAAAAAAUGAAAGGAAGAUGCUGCUGCUGCUAUAAAGGUGAAAGAUACUCAGAGUCGAGUGUGGAUUUCAUGCUCUUUAUUCGGCUCAUAGUAGUGAGGAAUGGGAGUUCCCCCGAAAUGUCUGCUUUAUAUACAUUAUUUACACACUGGGCCCCACAUGAUUGGCUAAUUCUGGGAUUCUCCUGUAGGGCAAUCAGGUUGCGGAUUCACUUCCACCUGGAGCUGGAUUGGGUGGCUCCUGUGGACCAAUCAGAUUGCUGCAUUCUAGAUCCUAUUGUUCUAGAACCAGUCAGACUGCUGCAUUCUGAAUCCUAUUGUUCUAGGACCAAUCAGACUGCUGCAAUUGGGUUCCUAUUUUUCUAGGACCAAUCAGACUGCUGCAUUCUGAACCCUAUUGUUCUAGAACCAAUCAGACUGCUGCAUUCUGAAUCCUAUUCAACUCAGUACAUAACAUGUUCGGUAGAUUUAUUGCUUUAUUGUUCGGCGCCCAGCCAUGCUUCCCCUGGGAGCCUCUGUAGAUCGUAAAGCAAUUAGCAGAGUUACACAGCGGCGUGUGUCGAAAGAGCAGUAAAAGAGUCCCAAACGUUUCUUCUGUCCUAAUAUCUCUUUAUUGGCACAAAAGUAGCGUAUUUACAAACUCCAACUUCCAUCUGAUUCAAGCUGCAUCUUCUCCCUCUGCUUGCAGCGACGCAACAAACUGCUUUCAAUUUUCACUCAGUACACAGCAUUCCUUUUUUUAUUAUUUAUUUAUUUAUUUAUUUAUUUAUUUUAUAACACCAUACAAACAAAGAAGACAAACACAACACAUUCACACCAAAAAAACUAAAUAAAGAAUAGAUAUAUAUAUAUAUAUAUAUAUAGAUAUAUAUAUAUAUAUAUAUAUAUAUAUAUAUAUAUAUAUAUAUAUAUAUAUAUAUACUCCUGACAUAAGACAACAACAAAUUAACUACAUUAACUACAUAGCACACAACACUGACUGACUUCCCUUCAUCUCGGUUUCGGAAUGUGUUAUAAAUUUUUUCUAUCUGCAGUUUCUUUUCCUCAAAAAAAAAAAAAAUCUUUACAUCACAAGUGUUAUAUCACACCUACUGUGUUUUUUAGUUUUUUUUACCUCUGCUUCCAUGUAUGCCAUGAAUUUAUUCCAAUCUUUAUUAAACUUUGUGUCUUUUUGAUUUCUUAUUUUCUGUGUCAUUUUUGCCAAUUCUAGAUAGUCGAGUAGUUUCGAUUGCCAUUCAUUUAUGGUUGGGAUUCUUGAUGUCUUCCAAUUCUGCACUAUUAGAGUUCUAGCGGCCACUGUCGCGUACUGAAAGAGUGUUUGAUCUUCCUUCUUGAUUUCCUCUCCAAUUAUCCCCAGCAAAAAGGCUUCGGGUCUUUUUAUAAAGGUAUAUUUAAAGAUUUUUUUUAGUUCACUGUAAAUAGAUUCCCAAAAUUUUCUAAUAGGCUCGCACAACCACCACAGGGUGGCAGUACACAGCAUUCCAAGCUGCUUUCGUCACGUCCUGGCUUACUUCCCUUGUAAGCGCCUCCUCUCAGUCUCAGGACACAGAAGGUUAACCCUUCACUACACCCAACACCCCCUCUUGUCUAGCGCCUGAGGGGAGAAUCGACCCUUGGUCGUCCCAAAUCCAGACCUUCGCAAAACUCCCCAUGUCUUUGGAAGGAGAGUGGCUUCAUGAACCCAUCAGCUAGGUUCUUGGCAGAGGGACAAUACGUCAGCGCAACUAAUCCCUCCUGAACACUCUGACACACAUUCCGAAAACGAAUGUCUAGGUGUUUAGUUCUGGCCUUGAACUGACCUGACUCUGCCAAACGCAGGCAUGGUUGAUUGUCCUUGAAAACACGUAUCAGUUGACAAUCCACUUCACAGAGUUCCUGCACUAAGCAAGCAUAGAACUCUACUUCUCUGCAUACCUCUGAAAGAGCACUAAACUCAGCCUCAGUGGAUGAGAGCGCUAUAAGACUUUGCUUCUUGGACCUCCAUCCAACUACUGAGUUCCCAAACUUCACCACUAGGCCAGACACAGACUUGCGAUCCUCAAGAUUAGCCCAAUCCGGGUCCACAAAACAAGUCACUUUGACUUCUCCUUGUGCUGGUAACCUAAGACAAAAGUCUUUGUUUUCCUGCAAAUACCUCAGAACUCUCUUGAUGCCAUUCCAGGCUUGCACACUAGGGUUUGAAGCUUCCCUGCUGAGCAGAUUGACAGCAAACGCUAUAUCAGGUCUGCUCCACUGGGACAAAUACAACAAACUCCCUAGGGCUGACUGAAACACUUCAGUAUUUUCGAACGCAGCGCGUUCUACUUGCUGGCUGUCCUUCACAAAACUAGUCUCCAUAGGACUUCUCACUCCUGCACAAUCACUCAUCCUGAAUUUCUGAAGCAGUUGCUCAAUUUUACCUCUCUGGCUGAGCAAGAAGCUUCCAUCCUGUGCACGCUCAACAUUGACACCUACGUAGGUUUUGACAGCACCAAGCUGCUUAAGCUUGAACCGUUUACCUAGCUCUUUGCCAAACUUCUCUGCCUGUUCAUCUGUCUCUGAGAAGAACAACAAAUCAUCAACCCAAAUCUGCAAAUACUCUUGUGUUGCCCCUGAUCCUCUCAAAUAAAAGCAACUAUCAGCAAUGCUUCUUCUGAAACCUAGUUCUUCUAAGGCUUCAUUCAGGCACAUGUUCCAGUUUCUAGCAGAUUGACAUAAUCCACAGAUGGAUUUGUGCAAUCUCCACACAACACCCUGUCUCAAGUUCUCAAACCCUGGAGGAGGAAUCAUGUACAGCUCCUCCUGGAGAUCUGAGUUAAGGUAGGCAACAUCCACAUCAAAGUGGUUUACCUUCCAGCCUCUCUGUGCUGCACAAGCUAAAAGCGUUCUCAGAGUCUCCACUCGUGACGUUGGUGAAUACACCUCCGUGAAGUGUAUUCCCUUUCUCUGAGGGAAUCCUCGAGCAACUAACCUAGCUUUAUACUGUGGCUCUCCAGUGUUAAUGGGUUUCAAGCGGUAAACCCACCUGCAACUCACAGCCUGCAUGCCCGGUGGCAACUCUGUGAGUGAGAACACACCUAGAUCUUUCAUGGACUUCAUCUCUUUGUCCAUUGCCCUGUGCCACUUACCGGCUUCUUCCUCAGGUAAACUCUGAAUAUCCUCGAAGGAUUCAGGUUCACAUCUGGCUGAGCCUACCCAGACGCCUGAAGCGUCGUACCGAUCAGGAGGCCUCCUUGUCCUUGCUGAUCUCCUCAGUGUGAAUCUUGGUGACCCUGCUGCUUCACUGGGUCCAGCUAAAUCAUCCUCAACUUCAGUGUCUUCCCCCUCUGACCUGCUGCACCUCUUGGGCCUUACAGCUGGUCCAGCAGGUGAAGAAGGCUCACUCUUUGGCUCAAACUUGACACUUGCCUGAGGAGGUGAUCUAGGUUCUCCCCUCUGAGGGAUCCUGAGCUGUCCCUGCCUUGGACUCUGUCCCUGUGGUGGAUCCUGUUGCUCUGGACCGUGGUCCCCAGCAACAAGUUCCUCUUCCUCCUCAAUGUCUGAGUCAUAGAACGGCUGUGGAAUCACGUCUGGAUUAGCAUGCAGACGUCUCCACCCGGCUUGCUCACAGAAUUCAGCGCUAUUGCUGAUAACCAACCUAGACUGGUUUCCACUUGGGUACGCAAACCGCCAGGCCUUUGAGCCAGGCUCAUACCCUACAAAGAUCAUUCUUUUAGAUCUUGGCUCACCUUUCUUGUGUAGAGCCUUUGGAAUAAGCACCCAAGCCUCACAACCAAACACACGAAGGUAGUGUACCUUAGGCUUCUUUCCAUGCAGUAAGAAAUAUGGCGUAUUUCCUACACUUGAGUUGUGCACUCUAUUCUGCGUAUGAACCACAAAUCUCCAGGCUUCAGACCAAUAUUUCUGAGGUAGCCCUGCGUCCCACAGGAUCGCAGACACAGCUUCCUCCACCGUCCUGUUCUUUCUCUCUGCGACUCCAUUCUGUUGCGGAGAGUAAGGAGCGGUCAAUCUGUGGCUAAUCCCCUUCUCCCUAAAGAAAUCCUGUAAAGCAGAACCAGUGAAUUCAGAACCUCUGUCACUUUGAAAGCCACAAACUUUGGUGGAAAAGGUUACCUCAACUGCGGUGAUCCAAUCCCUGAUCAUUUUAGCCGCCUCCCCUUUCUUUUUCAGAGGGAAGGUCCAAGCAGACCUCGAAAAAUCAUCAACCAGAAGCAGAGAAUACUUUGAUCCUCCCAGUGACUCAACUGACAUGGGUCCACACAAUUCUGCAUGAAUUAACUCAAAGGGUUGUGUGGUCUGCCUCUCUGACUUUGGAUAGGAGCAUGUCACAAUUUUCGCCUGUUUACAUGCAUUGCAAUCUAAAAAUUUGUCACAAACAUUAAAUUUGCACCCUUGUGUCAGCUCUGUUGCUUUCUGAAGAUAUCCCCAAUUCAAAUGGGUGAAGCGUCUGUGCCAAAUAUGCGAACAACCAUGGUGGGGCGCCACAUUCACACAUUGCCCCUUCGCAUCUUCGGUGUCAUCCUCUCCUGUAGAAAAAGGCACAUUUACAGCAAACAAAUUGCCUUUAGACUGUACUGUGUACACGUGUUUCCCAUCCUUGGAAAAUUCACAUUUGGUACCUGCAAAAGACACAUGAAAACCAUCAGCAAGUAGAUCAUGCACACUUAAUAAACAGUUAGUUAAACCGGGUGCCGCAAAAGCUUUGACUUCAUGCUUAAGAAAGGGACAGAAGAAAAAGCCUGUCUCUGUUAGUCUUUUUCUGCUUCCAUCCGUGAUCGUUACAAAUUUAUCAGUUUUUACUGUCCUGCAAUUUCUUAAAGGACCACUAGAUGGCACUAGCGUAUUUGUCGCACCAGAGUCGAUGAUGACAGUAAGAAAGUCUGUCUGUUGACAUUCCUGGGUCGCCAGGGCAACAAUCUCCUCGCUACCCCCCUCCUUGGGGCUUCUGCAGAUGUUCUCUCUGGUUGUCAUGGUAACAGACUCCCCCCGGCAGGGAGACUUGCCCACGACCUUCACAGCUUCCGUAGAUGCAACUCUCUCAGUUGACUUGGAGACCGGACUUGUCUCAGUGUUCCCACACAACUCCACAGCUCUUAUCUCUACUUGCUGCAGGUGGCCGGCCUUGAAGCCUCCAGCACGGCUAGGCUUCAGCUCUUGGCGUAAACAACUCUUGGCAGCUUUUGGAGAAAGAGGCGUCUCUGAGCUUUCACUGCUCACUGCCCCCCCACUACUCACGGGGCUCCCAGGACAUUUUCCUGCACCCCUUCUGGUGGGUAAAGGGCUCUCAACACUUGGCCUCUCUCCUGGCUUCUCACACAGACACGUUGCAGCAUCCAUACAGCUCCUAGGCUCAGCAAAAACACCAGCAGCAUUGCCAGCAACAGCAACAGUCCCUUCGCCCCCCCUGUGGGGGCUCCCAGCUCCUCCCAGCUGUGUAUCGGCUCUCAAGAAUGUGGCCGGCGCCAUCUUGCCUCUCUUUCCUUGGGGCAGCCACGUCUCGGCCCUUGCUUCCCACCCCAGCUCCACAAGCCUCUCGGAGUGCUAGCCAAGCGGCCUCUGGCCUUCUUGCACCCAGGACUACUGGCACCAGAUGAGCAUCCACAUUCUCUGCCAAAAAAGCAAGCACACGCUUCUCAACUUCACUUUGCUCCGCAGCCCUUUCAGCUUCUGCUUUCCCAGCUGCAUUCUGUGGGGGCUGUACUACGUCCCAAAGCUGCUCCCCCACCAGCAACAGCUCCACUUGAAAGCUCCACUGCAGCCAAUUUUGGCUAUCCAGUUUCUGACAUGGUAGUUUAAACUCAACGCCAUGUCCAUGGGGCUGAGCCAUUGCCUCCCUUCCCUUCUGUUGGCCUUUUGCAAGAGCAGCUGAUAAUACUCACUCUGCAGCCAAACCGGGCACUCCGGACAACGUGGCUCUCAGCUCCCUCUCCGUCAGCCUCCUCCGAUCUGCCCUUUGAAGUCUUGGCAGUCAAUCAAACUGACGUUCAGCAAAUAAAGCUUCAAAGCCCUUUCUUACAUGCUUCGCGUUGACAGUCCAUAACCUGUUCGAAAGAUUUAUUGCUUUAUUGUUCGGCCUCCAGCGACACUUCCCCUGGGAGCCUCUGUAGAUCGUGAAGCAAUUAGCAGAGUUACACAGCGGCGUGUGUUGAAAGAGCAGUAAAAGAGUCCCAAACGUUUCUUCUGUCCUAAUAUCUCUUUAUUGGCACAAAAGUAGCGUAUUUACAAACUCCAACUUCCAUCUGAUUCAAGCUGCAUCUUCUCCCUCUGCUUGCAGCGAUGCAACAAACUGCUUUCAAUUUUCACUCAGUACACAGCAUUCCAAGCUGCUUUCGUCACGUCCUGGCUUACUUCCCUUGUAAGCACCUCCUCUCAGUCUCGGGACACAGAGGGUUAACCCUUCACUACACCCAACAUAACAAAAGGAAUAUAUAAAACUGGUUUCUCAAUGAAGAGUAGAAACCAGUUGAUUAUUUUCCUUCUGAAUCGGAAGAUAAGGCUCACAUCCGCACCACAUUAAAAACACUCCUUCAUAUUGACAAUUCUAGAUAAUCCUGGGAACUGUGGUUUGAUAAGGAUGCUGGGAAUUGGAGCUCCGUGACAUCAGCACUCUUAACAAACUACAUUUCCCAGGGUUCUCUGCCCUCACCUCCAGGGCAAAACCCCUUAUUCUUUUUCUCUCCCAGGCGGACUGCCAAACGUUUGGGCAAAAAAGCCACCUGGCCUCCAUCCUUAGUGAGGAAGAGCACAGACGUAUAGCCUCUGCGAUAACAGCGGCAUAUGACAUCAAAGGCCCCAUCUGGAUUGGACUGUUCAGAAAGAAACGGGCCGGGAAGGUAAGUAAAGGGGGCAAACUCUCUUUUUCAUUUGCCUCUCAGUAGGAACAGCAGCCGGCAAGGGCACAGAGGAGCAGUUCAGAAGACGAGAGCUCCCUGCAGGGAAGGGAUAUUAAUAUAAUAAUAAUAAUAAUUUAUUAUUUAUACCCUGCCCAUCUGGCUGGGCCUCCCCAGCCACACUGGGCGGCUUCCAUAGAAACCAAAAAUACAGUAAAAUAUCACACGUUAAAAACUUCCCUGAACAGGGCUGCCUUAAGAUGUCUUCUGAAUGUCAGGUAGUUGUUUAUCGCUUUGACAUCUGCUGGAAGGGCAUUCCACAGGGCGGGUGACACUACCGAGAAGGCCCUCUGCCUGGUUCCCUGUAGCUUUGCUUCUCGCAAUGAGGGAACCGCCAGAAGGCCCUCGGUGCUGGACCUCAGCGUCCGGGCAGAACGAUGGGGGUGGAGACGCUCCUUCAGGUAUACUGGACUGAGGCCAUUUAGGGCUUUAAAGGUCAGCACCAACACUUUGAAUUGUGCUCGGAAACGUACUGGGAGCCAAUGUAGGUCUUUCAAGACCAGUGUUAUAUUGUCUCGGCGGCCGCCCCCAGUCACCAGUCUAGCUGCUGCAUUCUGGAUUAGUUGUAGUUUCCGAGUCACCUUCAAAGGUAGCCCCACGUAGAGUGCAUUGCAGUAGUCCAAGCAGGAGAUAACCGGAGCAUGUACCACUCUGGCAAGACAGUCCGCAGGCAGAUAGGGUCUCAGCCUACGUACCAGAUGGAGCUGGUAAACAGCUGCCCUGGACACAGAUUUAACCUGUGCCUCCAUGGACAGUUGUGAGUCCAAAAUGACUCCCAGGCUGCGCACCUGGUCCUUCAGGGGCACAGUUACCCCAUUCAGGACCAGGGAAUCCUCCACACCUGCCCACCUCCUGUCCCCCCAAAACAGUACUUCUGUCUUGUCAGGAUUCAACCUCAAUCUGUUAGCCGCCAUCCAUCCUCCAACCGCCUCCAGACACUCACACAGGACCUUCACUGCCUUCACUGGUUCUGAUUUGAAAGAGAGGUACAGCUGGGUAUCAUCCACAUACUGAUGAACACCCAGCCCAAACCUCCUGAUGAUCUCUCCCAGCAGCUGCAUGUAAAUGUUGAAACACAUGGGGGAGAGGACAGAACCCUGAGGCACCCCACAAGUGAGAGCCCAGGGGUCUGAACACUCAUCCCCCACCACCACUUUCUGAACACGAACCAGGGGGAAGGAGCGGAACCACUGUAUGACAGUGCCCCCAGCUCCCAGCCCCUCAAGACGGUCCAGAAGGAUGUUAUGGUCGAUGGUAUCAAACGCCGCUGAGAGAUCCAGCAGAACUAGGAAACAGCUCUCACCUUUGUCCCUAGCCCGCCGGAGAUCAUCAACCAGUGCGACCAAGGCAGUUUCAGUCCCAUGAUGAGGCCUGAAUCCCGACUGGAAGGGAUCCAAAUGGUCCGCUUCUUCCAGGCGUGCCUGGAGUUGUUCAGCAACCACUCGCUCAAUCACCUUGCCCAAGAAUGGAAGAUUUGAGACUGGGCGAUAGUUGGCCAUCGUGGCCGCAUCUAAAGAUGGUUUUUUAAGAAGCUGUUUAAUAACUGCCUCUUUCAGCGGGUCUGGGAAGGCUCCCUCACAGAGGGAAGCAUUCACCACCCCACGAAGCCCAUCGCCCAGUCCUUCCCGGCUAGCUUUUAUAAGCCAGGAUGGGCAAGGAUCCAGGAGACAGGUGAUUGGUUUCACUCGUCCAAGCAGCCUGUCCACAUCCUCGGAGGUAACAGAUUGGAAUUGAUCCCACUCAACUUGACUAGACAAAACUCUAGCACUCUCCCGCCCCGGCCCUGCUCCCACGGUGGAGUCUACUUCUUCCCGAAUCUUUGCAAAAUCAUUGCAGGAGAACAUGUGGCCCGUACUGGGCCCCGAUGUUGCAGGUGGUUCCACUAAAUUGUGAACCACCUGAAAAAGUCUCCUGCUGCUGUUUUCUGCAGAUGCAAUAGAGGCGGUGAAGAAAUUCUUCUUCGCCGUCGCUAUCGCCACUUGGUAGGCUCGACGUUGAGCUCUAACCUGUGUCCGGUCAGAUUCGGAAUGAGUUAUCCGCCACUGGCGCUCUAGCCGUCUCAACGAUUGUUUCAUUGCCCUCAGAUCCGUGGAAAACCACGGGGCUGUCCGGGCUCCAUGCAAUCGGAGAAGGCGCUUCGGAGCCAAACAGUCAAUAGCCCUGGUUAACUCCACAUUCCAGUGGGCCACCAGGGAAUCAGCUGAAAGGCCAUCAACAUGGGAUAAAGCAUCCCCUACCACUCUCUGGAAACCAUCUGGAUCCAUUAAGUGGCGGGGCGGACCAUCCAAAUUGGUCCCACCUCCCUGCAGAGGGGAUGGGUCGCAGAGAAGUCCAGUUGCACCAGGAAGUGAUCUGACCAUGGCACUUCUUUCGUUUCACUUUUACUUAGUGUCAGAUCACCAACAUCCAUAGAGGUAAACACCAGGUCCAAGGCAUGUCCGCGGCUAUGGGUUGGGCCAGACUUAUUCAGGGACAGCCCCAUGGAGGCCAUGCUUUCCACGAAGUCCCGAGCGGCCCCUUGUAAGGUCGCGUCGGCAUGGAUGUUAAAAUCCCCUAGGACAACCAAACUAGGUGUCUCCAGGAGAACAUCCACCAUGACCUGAAGCAGCUCGGGCAGGGAAUCCUUGGUGCAGCGGGGAGGUCGGUACACCAAAAGGAAUCCUGUACUGCCCCUAUUGCCCAACUUCCAGAACAUGCACUCGGAAAACUGGGUCUUCCCAAUAGGACGCCUGGUGCAAACUAAUGACUUCCUAAAAAUCACUGCAAAACCUCCUCCCUGCCCACAUGACCUGGGUUGCUGUGCGUAAGAGAAACCUGGUGGACAAGCAGCUGCAAGGACAGGCCCAUCUGCUUCAUCCAACCAAGUCUGUGUUACACAUGCCAGGUCAAGUCCUCCAUCCAUGAUCAAGUGUGCUGGUCCCGGGGGUAAGGUACCUUGGGUGUAGCAGAGUCCACACGAAGAGGGGCAAGGUCCGAGGCAGAGAGCCGGGCGGGGAACAGGAAUGCUGGAACAGGAGGCUGUGCAGGGAACAGGAACACCGGAUGGUCGGGAACAGGAGGCCGAGCAGGGAACAGGAGUACCGGAUAGUCAGGAACAGGAAGCCGAGCAGGGAUCAGGAACACAGGAAGGUCCAAAGCCAACAACGACGUUGCUCCCGCAACCUGGGGCCGGGCUGACUGGGCUUUUAUCCUCUUCUAAGGCCAGGGGCGGUCCCGGUCCCCAGGAGCCCCGCCUCCUCUGGCCUUAAGGCGAGCACUCCUCCUGGGGGCAACCAGUUCCCUUCGCCUCUCUGCCCUAAGCCUCUGCAGAUCAGGAGAGGCCGAAGGGUUACUGGGCCCUGGAGGAGGCUCACCUGUGGCCACUGAGUCAUCAAGCCCCUCUGGGGCCCGAAGGGCUUCACCUGGGGCCAGCUCCUGAUGCACUGCCACAGGUGCAGGCUCUUCAGCAUCAAGGCCUUGCCCCAGUUCAGCCGGCCCUGGAGGCGGGGACUCCUGUGCAGGCCGGGAUUCCUCUGUUUCAUCCUCCGAAUCGGAAUCCCAGGCCAUCACACCAUCCCCCUCCCAGGCCCCCCCCCUCAACCGAGGGUCCGGACCCGGCUUGCCGGGAUACGUCGCAUGGAACUCUCGGAGGCAGGCAGGUGCAUGGACAUUGGCCGCUGGUUCCCAGGUCCGGUCCUCCGGUCCGUACCCUUCCAGUCAAUGAGAUACUGCAGCUUUCCCCUGCGGUAUCGGGAGUCCAGGAUGCGUUCCACCUCGUACUCAGGCUCUCCCGAACCAACACUGGCUGCGGUCGGGGACGGUUCUGGUGGAACUCGUCGGGUGGGGCCACCGGACUCAAAAGGGACCUGUGGAAGACCGGGUGAACCUUCAGGGUUGCGGGUAACCGGAGACGGAAUGCCACAGGAGAGAUUUGGUCUACGAUAGGGACCGGGCCGGUGAAGCGGGCGUCCAACUUCCGCGAAGGUCGAGAGGGGUGGAGGUGGCGAGUGGAGAGCCAAACCAGGUCACCGGCCGCGAGUUCCGGCCCCACCUGGCGGUGGCGGUCGGCCUGGGCUUGUACGCUUCCUUGGCCUGGUGCAGUUGCUCCACCAAAAGCUGUUGCUGGGACUGGAGCUCUUGAAGCCACUCCGUCACCGCCGGGACCGCGGAUGCCGGCAGCACCUCUGGAAACAGCCGUGGAUGAUAACCAUAACUGGCCUGGAGCGGGGUCUGCUGGGUGGACGCAUUCACCGCGUUGUUAUAGGCGAACUCCGCCAAUGCCAGGUGGUCGACCCAGUCAUCCUGCUGGUAGCUGCAGUAACACCGGAGGUACUGCUCCAGCACCGCGUUCGCCCGUUCCGUCUGGCCAUCGGUCUGUGGGUGGUAGGCUGACGAGAGGCAGACCUCUGUCCCGAGGGUCUGGUGUAAUGCUCGCCAGAACCGGGAUGUGAACUGAACGCCCGGUCGGACACCACGCGCUCAGGUAGACCAUGCAGGCGGAAGACAUGCUGAAGGUACAGCUGAGCAGUUUCCUUGGCUGUGGGUACAGAUGGACAGGGAGCGCAGUGCACCAUCUUGGUGAAAUGGUCGGAGAAAACCAGAAGGCAGGUACAGCCACGAGGCGAGGGUAAGUCCACUACAAAGUCCAACGAAACUGUGUGCCAAGGGCGCGGUGGAACUGGCAAUGGCUGGAAGUAGGCCGGGGGUCGCCCGGUGAGGCCCCUUGGCGCGUCGGCAGACAUCACAGCCAGCAGCGUAGCGAGCCACGUCAGCCUUCAGGCGGGGCCACCAAAACUCACGACUGACCAGAUGGGUGGUCCGAUACCGUCCAAAGUGCCCCGCUGCCGGGGCAUCAUGGGCCAUCCGGAGAACCUCCAGCCGCAGUGGCCCUGGCGGGAGGGACAGACGACCGUGGUGCAGCAGGAGGCCCUGAUGCAGGACCAGCCCCGGAUACUGUGGGCUGGACCCUUCAGCCAGCUCCCGGAGUCGUUCCUGGGCCCAAGCGUCGACCCGCUGCUGUUCCCGCACCCGAACCUGCAGUGGCUGCGCCUCCUGGGUGGCCAGGAAUGCGGCCGGAGGGAGGAUCGUGGCGGGUUCUGCUUGCUGUACCGUGUCUGCGUUGUCUUCAGGUUUCCGGGACAGGGCAUCCGCCUUCAGAUUCUGAGAGCUAGGGAUGUAGCGGAUCCGAAACUGGAACCGGGAAAAGAACAACGCCCACCGGAUCUGUCUUUGGUUCAGCUUGCGGGUGGUCUGGAGGUACUCCAGGUUCCGGUGGUCGGUUCUUACCUCCACCGGAUGUCGUGCCCCCUCAAGAUGGUGGCGCCAGACCUCAAAGGCUACCUUGAUGGCCAGUAGUUCCCGCUCCCACACAGUAUAGUUACGCUCCGCUGGUAGGAGCUGGCGGGAAUAGAAGGCACAGGGUAAGAGUGGCGCUCGGGCCCAAUCUGUUGAGACAAGACGGCACCGAGAGCCGUACUGGAGCGUCGGUCUCCACCACAAAGGGUCGAGAGGGGUCAGGAUGUUGUAAGAUUGGUGCCCUCUGGAAACAGGCCUUCAACCCCUGAAACGCCUCCUCUGCCUCCUUGUCCCAGGAAACCGGCGUCUUUGGGCGCAGUAGCCGGGUCAACGGGGUGGUGCGAUGAGCAUAAUCAGCGAUGAAGGUCCGGUAGUAAUUGGCGAACCCCAGGAAACGUUGUAGGUCCUUGCGGUUCCGGGGUGCCGCCCAUUCUUGAACCGCUGUCACCUUCCCGGGUCCAUUUGCACCCCAUCCGGAGAGAGCCGGUGACCAAGGAAGUCCACAGUCCGCUGAUGGAACUCGCACUUGCUGAGCUUUGCGUACAAGCGGUGCUCACGCAAGCGCUGCAGCACGGUCCGGACAUGUCCCUCAUGGCGAGCCGGGUCACGGGAGUAAAUCAGUAUGUCAUCCAAAUACACCACCACGUACUUGUCUAACAAGUCCUGAAACACGUGGUUGAUGUAGCGUUGGAACACAGCAGGCGCGUUGCACAACCCGAAAGGCAUAACCAAAUAUUCGAACUGCCCGUACCGGGUCCCAAACGCUGUCUUCCACUCAUCCCCGGCUCGGAUCAGAAUCAAGUUGUAGGCCCCCCGGAGGUCCAGCUUGGUGAACACCUGUGCCCCUUGCACCCGCUCCAGCAGCUCCGAGAUAAGGGGCAAGGGGUAUCGGUCUGGGACGGUAAUUUUGUUCAAGGCUCGGUAAUCAUGGCAAGGGCGGAGUCCCCACAUUUCUUCUUAACGAAAAGCACUGGUGCCGCGGUAGGCGAGGUGGACGGCCUAAUGAACCCACGCUCCAGGUUCUUGCACAAGAAGUCCUGCAAAGCCUCGCGCUCUGGCUCUGUUAGAGAAUAUAAGCGACUCACUGGUAGAGGCGCUCCGGGUUGGAGGUCUAUGCCGCAGUCAAAAGGCCGAUGCGGCGGCAGCUGGUCUGCCCCCCGUUCCUCGAACACGUCCUGGUAGUCCUGAUACACGGCUGGGAGCGUGGGUGCUGCCUCCUCUGAGGCGCGGCCGCCAGCGUCCCAGUUGAGCAUGGGAACAUGGGUCUGGGAAGUGCACGGUCCGUUUGACCCUGUGAAUCUUACGGUGGUGGGCUUCCUGCCUGUCCUUCCCUAGCACCUGGGGAAGCGGGGCAUAGAGGCAAUGUCCAAAGUUCGCAACUCCCGGUGCUGCUGGAAACACAGGACCAGGGGCUGGGUCUCCUGAGUAACGGCACCUGAACACAGAAGUCGUCCGUCAAUCGCUUCCACCUGGACCGGUACUGGCUUGUUCCGACGUGGCACCUGAUGAUGGGCGGCAAAAGCAGCGUCCAUAUAAGAGCGGGUUGCCCCUGAAUCCACCAAAGCAUGGGUGGGGAUCCAGGGCCCACCUGGAGGGUAUAAGCGUACCGGAACCAUAAGAUGUUGCGAGUCCAUUGAUGCAGGCCCAUUCUGCGCGGUUUGGGACCCCCGGCAGCUAGGGCCAUCAGCUACUGGGGUUGGCGGUUUCCCUGCGGCUGGCGUUUCUCAGGGCAAGACCGGCGAAGUGUCCACUUCCGCCACAGUAAAGACAGAGAUUUCCCUCCCGACGCCGCGCCUUCUCUGCGGGGAAAGGCGUGGCCGCACUGCCCCGAGCUGCAUAGGCUCCUCCGUUAAAUCAGUUGUGACCGUGGGGCUGCCGGAAAAAGCUGGUGCCGUGAACUGGAAGUGUCGGCGACCCCGGGCCUGACGACGAUCCUCCAACCGGUCGUCUAUUUGUAGACUCCGUUGAAUGAGAGUGUCUAGCGUGGUGGGGCGUUCCAUUGUGGCCAACUGGUCCAGUACCUCGUCCGAAAGCCCUUCGAGAUACUGGUCCCGCAGUGCCGAAUCAUUCCAGGUCAAGUCCUGUGCCAACAGCCGAAACUCCGUGGUAUAUGCGGCCACCGUGGACUUGCCCUGUUUCAAGCGCCGAAUCGCCCGGUUGGCUUGACUCCCUUUCUGGGGGUUGCCGAACGCGGCCUCCAAACGAUUGCAAAACCCCGUAUAGUCUGCCAGCAAAGGGGAGUCUUGCCUGAGUAGCGGCAACGCCCACUUGGCCGCCUGGUCCUUUAACAAACUAAUCAAAAAGUGCACCUUGGUGCGGUCGUCAGGAAAGUUCCGGGCUCGCCCCUGAAUAUACAGCUUGGCCUGGGCCAGGAACAUGGGAAAGCUGGCCGGGGCUCCAUCAAAUUUCUCAGGCAAAGCCACUGGGUACUUGCCAGGAGCCGGGCGUCGGCCCCAGGAGCCGGUAGGGCUUCCAAGCGUUGUUGAAGUGCCACAACCGCGUCACUGAGCUGCUGCACGGUGUGAGUCAAGGCCUGGUUCUUCUGGGCCAAAGCCACCAGUGCAGCCGCCUGGUCAGCCAUGGCCUCUGGCUCUUCCCGAACGCACCCCUACGAAGGGGAGUGCGGGUUUGGCGGGGCAAACUGUGCUGGUCCCGGGGGUAAGGUACCUUGGGUGUAGCAGAGUCCACACGAAGAGGGGCAAGGUCCGAGGCAGAGAGCCGGGCGGGGAACAGGAAUGCUGGAACAGGAGGCUGUGCAGGGAACAGGAACACCGGAUGGUCGGGAACAGGAGGCCGAGCAGGGAACAGGAGUACCGGAUAGUCAGGAACAGGAAGCCGAGCAGGGAUCAGGAACACAGGAAGGUCCGAAGCCAGCAACGUCGUUGCUCCCGCAACCCGGGGCCGGGCUGACUGGGCUUGUAUCCUCUUCUAAGGCCAGGGGCGGUCCCGGUCCCCAGGAGCCCCGCCUCCUCUGGCCUUAAGGCGAGCACUCCUCCUGGGGGCAACCAGUUCCCUUCGCCUCUCUGCCCUAAGCCUCUGCAGAUCAGGAGAGGCCGAAGGGUUACUGGGCCCUGGAGGAGGCUCACCUGUGGCCACUGAGUCAUCAAGCCCCUCUGGGGCCCGAAGGGCUUCACCUGGGGCCAGCUCCUGAUGCACUGCCACAGGUGCAGGCUCUUCAGCAUCAAGGCCUUGCCCCAGUUCAGCCGGCCCUGGAGGCGGGGACUCCUGUGCAGGCCGGGAUUCCUCUGUUUCAUCCUCCGAAUCGGAAUCCCAGGCCAUCACAUCAAGUCAUGGAUGGCAGUGGUCUUAUGAAUCAUUGACGUGGCAUUGCACAGCAGCAUCUUCAGGUCAUGUGGGUAUCCCUUGCUGAUUCCACUAUCCGUCCGGUCAGGACCAGACCCAGAGGCAGGAAUAGUCCUCAGACAACAACUAAACCUGCCCCCUCUGUAAUGAAAUGGUCUAGUCUUCCCAUCUCUGUUAGGGAGGAUCUGGGGCUCUGGUGAAGCUCUUAAUUCAAAGAGUAGCCAUCUGCCUGCAUCCACAGGAUGCAACACAGGUCCCAUUUAGGUUUUUUUUUUUAAAUGAUAUUUAUUAAAAUUUCAAAAGGAAAAGAUUACAUUAAAAAGAAAAUUAACAAUAAAAAGAAAAAAUACAAAAUACAAAAUACAAAAAAGAAAAACCAAUUAAAAACAAUUCCAUCUUUUCAUCACUUCUUUUACAUUUACUUGUUUCCCAGACCUCCUCAUACCUCCCUCUUUUGUAUUCCAAUUCAAUUUAUUAGUCCAGCGAUUCCUUUCCCUCCUUUUUAAUCCUGAUCUUUAAUCCUGAUAUAUUAUAACAUUAAAUUUUUAGAUAUUAAAAACCAAUUUUUCCAUAUUCUUUUAUACCAUUACCACUAGAAACUGCUUAACUUCAAUCCGUCAUCAUUCUAACAUUCAUUAAUUUUACAAUAUUUCUGUAAGUAGUCUUUAAAUUUCUUCCAAUCUUCUUCCACCGACUCUUCUCCCUGGUCUCGGAUUCUGCCAGUCAUUUCCACCAAUUCCAUAUAGUCCAUCAUUUUCAUCUGCCAUUCCUCCAGUGUGGGUAGAUCUUGUGUCUUCCAAUGCUUUGCAAUAAGUAUUCUUGCUGCUGCUGUAGCAUACAUAAAGAAAGUUCUGUCCUUCUUUAACACCGUUUGGUCGACUAUGCCCAGGAGAAAGGCCUCUGGUUUCUUCAAGAAGGUAUAUUUAAAUACCUUUUUUAAAUCAUUAUAAAUCAUCUCCCAGAAAACCUUAAUCCUUGGGCACAUCCACCAAAGGUGAAAGAAUGUACCUUCAGUUUCUUUACAUUUCCAACAUUUAUUAUCGGGCAAAUGGUAGAUUUUUGCAAGCUUGACUGGGGUUAUGUACCACCUGUAUAUCAUUUUCAUAAUAUUCUCUCUUAGGGCAUUACAUGCCGUAAACUUCAUACCUGUGGUCCAUAACUGUUCCCAGUCAGCAAACAUAAUAUUAUGUCCAACAUCUUGUGCCCAUUUAAUCAUAGCAGAUUUCACCGUUUCAUCCUGAGUAUUCCAUUUCAGCAGCAAGUUAUACAUUCUUGACAAAUUCUUAGUUUUGGGUUCUAACACUUCUGUUUCUAAUUUUGAUUUUUCCACCUGGAAGCCAAUUUUCUUGUCCAAAUUGUAUGCCUCCAUUAUCUGAUAAUAAUGAAGCCAGUAUCGCACUUUAUUUUUUAGUUUUUCAAAACUCUGCAGUUUCAAUCUCUCUCCAUCUUGUUCUAAAAUUUCCCAAUAUUUCGGCCAUUUGACCUCCAUAUUGAGCCUUUUCAGGGCUUUCGCUUCCAUCGGUGACAGCCACCUUGGGGUUUUAUUUUCCAAUAAGUCCUUAUAUCUUAUCCAAACAUUAAACAAAGCUUUCCUAACAAUAUGAUUUUUAAAUGCUUUAUGCGCUUUGACCUUAUCAUACCACAGAUAUGCAUGCCAUCCAAAUACAUUGUUAAAACCUUCUAGAUCCAAAAUGUCAGUGUUUUCAAGAAGCAGCCAUUCUUUCAACCAGCAAAAAGCUGCUGAUUCAUAAUAAAGUUUAAGGUCUGGCAGGGCAAAUCCAACUCGUUCCUUUGCAUCUGUUAGUAUUUUAAAUUUUAUUCUGGGCUUCUUGCCCUGCCAGACAAAUCUAGAAAUAUCUCUCUGCCACCUCUUGAAACAGUCCAUUUUGUCCACAAUUUGCAAUGUUUGAAACAAAAACAAAAACAAACAAAUGGGAUGCAACACAGGUCCCAUUUAGAACUCUCACAAUGUUACUUUAAUAAGGUUUUAAAUCAGCAAAGUUGAUAUGCCCCUUAGCCUUGGAGCAAUACAGUGGUACCUCAGGUUAAGCACUUAAUUCGUACUGGAGGUCCGUUCUUAACCUGAAGCACCUGCUGCUGCCGCCCGCAGGAGCCCGAUUUCUGUUCUCAACCUGAAGCAGAGUUCUUAACCCGAGGUACUAUUUCUGGGUUAGCGGAGUCUGUAACCUGAAGCGUAUGUAACCCAAGGUUCCACUGUAUUUGACUAUCCAGUUGGAAAGGAGGACAUACCGUCUUUUCUUCCUUUAACACUUCUGCAGAGUAGAGGGAUGUAGCAGGUGCAUUUCUUGUGCUGGGUGAUGGAGAACAGUUGAUCCUGGCUAGAUCCCCCCAAGCAGUACAAGUCCUUGGGAUUUGAUCCCACCAGCUGAAAAUCAAUUCAUUGACAGCCUUGCUGUAAAAUCACACUGGGGAGAAGAGCUGAAGGGUGGGGGCAGGGGCGUAGGAAGGGUGAUGGAGAACAGCUGAUCCUGGCUAGAUCUCCCCCAAGCAGUACAAGUCUGAGAGGUCCAACCGCCUCAUCUUCCUUGGGAUUUAUUCCCAUCCCUCCAGCUGAAAACCAGACACUGUAUUUUCAUGAGCCGCUUACUGCAGAAGGGAGACUGACCUCACGUUGGGACAUCCCUUCCUCAGUCAAGACCCCAACUCUUAUUGCUGUGGUGCUGUGGGUUAAACCACAGAGCCUAGGACUUGCCAAUCAGAAGGUCAGCGGUUCGAAUCCCCGUGACAUGGUGAGCUCCCAUUGCUCGGUCCCAGCUCCUGCCAACCUAGCAGUUCAAAAGCAUGUCAAAGUGGAAGUAGAUAAAUAGGUACCGCUCCGGCAGGAAGGUAAACGUCGUUUCCAUGCUCUGCUCUGGUUCGCCAGAAGCAGCUUAAUCAUGCUGGCCACAUGACCCGGAAGCUGUACGCCGCCUCCCUUGGCCAGUAAAGUGAGAUGAGCGCCACAACCCCAGAGUCAGCCAUGACUGAACCUAAUGGUCAGGGGUCCCUUUACCUUUACCUUUACAGAAUGUACAGUGGAAAUGGACCGAUAAUGCCGCGUUCGGCUACGUGCAUUGGGGACCUGGACAACCCUCCAACUGCAAAAAUAACCAACACUGUGUCGAGAUGUUUGGUGUAGGUGAGGAGGGGGGUUUCACAGGUUGUAAAGAUUGUGCUUAAUGGGUUUAAUUUGUUGGAAGCCACCCAGAAUGGCUGGGGCAACCCAGUCAGAUGAGUGGCAUAUAAAUAUAUUACAGUGGUACCUCGGUUUAUGAACUUAAUCCGUUCCAGAAGUCCAUUCUUCAACCAAACCCGUUCUUAAACCAAGGUGUGUUUUCCCUAACGAGGCCUCCCACCACCGGUGCCCUUCCACCAUUCGGAUUCCGUUCUCAGACCGAGGUAAAGUUCUCAAACCAAGACACUAUUUCCUGUUUUGCGGAGUUUGUAAACAGAAUCGUUCUUAAACCGGACUGUUCUUAAACCAAGGUACCACUGUAUUAUUAUUAUUAUUAUUAUUAUUAUUAUUAUUAUUAUAUGGGGCCCUUUGGUAAGAGGUGGGGAAUUGGCUCAGACUUGAGGAUGAGAUUCUCACUUCACCUCACCCCUCCAUCGUCCAACACUUGACAGGGUUGUACAUCAGUGCAGGACAGCAGUAUAUUGUCCUCUGUGGGGUGGGGAAUCUUCACCCUUUCUCCUGUCACUGGGUGAAAAGUAUUCAAGCCCACCCCCACCCCCCAGGCUGCCUUUCACCAAAACAGCCAGCUUGGGCUGGCAGGGGCAGCGGCGUGCAGGGCAGCCCAAGCCCAAGCUGCUGGUGACCCAAGCAGAGGAAGAACCCCAGCUCCUACCUGAUCUUUGCUGCAACAGCCUCACUCUGCUGUGGCGCUUCCACUUCUGGGGCACAGGGCCCUCCCAAGCAUGUGUGUGGCCCCCCCAAAAAUCUCUAACCCGCCCCCCAAGAAACAAACAAACAAAACAAAACCAUUUCCUUUAAAAUGGGAAAAUCUGCCCGGAUGGGUAUGUGUCCCCCCAAAAGAGGACAUGUCCUGGGUUUCCCAGAUAUAUGGCAACCAGGGUUUCCCAAAUGUUUUCUCUCUCCUCUAGAACAACUCACAGGCAUGUCCAAAGUCCGUUUUGGGGGCCUAAUUCAGCCCACUGGUCAGUUUAAUCUGGCCGCUGUGGCGGUUUGUUUCCUGGUGUAAAAUCUAAAAAACACCUCAACAACUUCCAUCCUAAAAAGUGCUCAAGAAUUUCAACCCUAAGAAAACUCAACAACAUCAAUCUUUUAAAAAAACUUUGGGGUAAAAUCCUUUUAAAAAAAAGGUCAAUAACUUUGGUUGGCCCUUUGGUCGGCCCUCACGGCCCUUCACUUCAUCAAAUCUGGCCCUCUUUGAAAAAACUUUGGACACCACUGGAAGGGACACCAUGAGGUUUGUAUGAAACAAAGAUUAAAGUUUCCUUAAGGAUAAGUGAAAGGUUCUUGGCUACUAGCAUAGAAGCAGCGACCCUAUGGAGGAAAAGUUCAGUACAUAAGAAGAGGCGAAUGGGUCAUGCCAAUGGCCUAUCUAGUCAAAUCCACAAGGACAGGGGAGUCCGACAGGGAUGUCUCCUAGCACCCUUUCCGCCCAAUUUUGAUAUAAAUGAUAUUGUUCAAGAACUAAGAGGUCUAGAAUAUUUUCCUGUUUCUGUUGAGGAUGUCAAACUCGCAGUUCUUUUGUAUGCCGACGGUACUGUUUUGAUUUCUGCUACCUUAAUUGGGAUGUGGAGACUUUUGGGGAAGUUGAAUGUCUUUUGCACAAAAGAGCAGUUGACAGUCAAUCAUUCUAAACCUAAAGUGGUGAUUUUGGGGAAGAGGAGAAAACCUCACAGAUACCUCUAGAUAUGAACGCUUCUGGUUGCGCACGCGUCGGAUUACGAGCUGCGCUAACCCGGAAGUAUUUGCUCCCGUAUGCAAACUUUGCCCCAGGGUGCGAGCGGAAAUCGCGCACUGGAGGCCUGCACGCAGCGGGAGGUGCGCUUUCGCUAAUGGCACCUCAUGUUAAGAACAGUUUCAGGAUAAGAAUGGACCUCCAGAACGAAUUAAGUUCCUAACCGUAGGUACCACUGUAAACCUAUUGAACAACAAUGCUAUUAUAAGUACCCGAGCUUGGGUUUUAAUUCCAAAACUAUCCUGGAAGUCACACCUACUCGCAGCUAAAUUGAAAUCCUCUCUCUCUAUCCACUCUUUACUACGGUUUUCCAGAGUUCGGGGCGGGGGGGGAGUUUAGUAGCCCCCACAGUUGAGGUAUUUCAAAAGAAGAUAGUGCCAUAAUUAUUGUACGGUGCAGAGAUCUGGGGAUAUAGGAAUCUCCUCCCGUCAGAACUCCUUCCUGAAAUCACUGUUGCUUGUCUCCAAAGCUACACCCGCCCCCUUUUUAAGAGCUGAAACAGGGCUAAUAAUCAUAAUCAUAAUUUAUUAUUUAUACCCUGCUCAUCUGGCUGGGUUUCCCCAGCCACUCUGGGCAGCUUCCAACAAAAGACUAAAAAUACAUUAAAACAGACUCCCUCAACCUCAGCCCUCCAGUUGUUUUUGGCCUACAACUCCCAUGAUCCCUAGCUAGCAGGACCAGUGGUCAGGGAUGAUGGGAAUUGUAUUCCAAAAUGUCUGGAGGGCCAAGGUUGAGGAAGCCUGCAUUCUUCUAAAUGUCAGAUAGUUGUUUAUUUCCUUGACAUCUGAUGGGAGGGUGUUCCACAGGGCGGGCGCCACCACCGAGAAGGCCCUUCUCCUUACAAACCAGUGUGCAUGUAGCUCUAGCCCUAUACUGGAUGAAACUGGCUAGCAUGAGUAAUACUAGGCUCCCUUUAAAAAAAUGUUUCCUAGAGCAAUUGUAAUUUCAAACCACAAAUAGGACUCUGAGUCCUCUCUCUUCCUCUGGCUUCCAGCAGCUGUUGUUCAGAAACACUGCUUCCUCCAACUGAUGUUUCUUCUUCCUCAUCUUUCUAGACUUGAUGAACUGGAAUGAUAAUUAUUGCAAUGCUGAGAAUUACUACAUCUGCAAAAUCCCGCUGUAG